UUGAGCUCGCUUCUGGGUCGAUCACCUCGCCGAUGUGAUCACGGCCGUCAGCCGACGACGCGUUUGCUUCAGCAAACGCAUUUCGCAGAGGUCGUGGGGGAGGAAAAGCCAUGGGAAACUUCAAGCCGCCUGGACAGGGACACCUUCUCGUCUGGCCCUUCCACGCCUCGUUUGGCCCUUCCAUGUCUGAGAUUGGCAAAGGGAAUACCAUGCUUGAAGCGCUACAAUACAAAUACAUAUUUGUUUUACUUGCGGUGACUCUCGACUCUACUCUAUGAUGGCGGCAGCCGUCCGGUCCC